GAUUUGUAAAUACUUUCUUUCAACUUCUAGACACAUAGAAAUUAUUUCAGAAAAUUAUUUGUAUAUUGUGAGCAGAUAAUCAUAAAAUGAGUGUUACUAGUGUGUACAAUUAUCUUAUGAUCGAAUUAGCAGUUCCGAUCACACGUAAAUGGGCGUUAGUAGAAACGCCUUUCACAGUAAUCAUGAUAACUUCUGCUUAUUUGUAUUUUAUACUUUACGCCGGACCAAGUUACAUGAAGAAUCAACAACCAUUUAACUUAAGAACCUUUAUAUUAUUUUAUAACGUAUUUCAAAUUCUUGGUAAUGCGUGGAUGGUACACAGUCACAUAUCUGCUGGCUGGUUUACUGAAUAUGGUAUAAAAUGUACUAAUAAUAAUGAUCCAAUAAGUACAAAUAGUUUUAAGCUAAUAACUAUUUCAUGGUGGCUAUUAAUAUUAAAACUAAUUGAUUAUAUCGAAACGUGUAUAUUUGUUUUACGGAAAAAACAGAACCAAGUUUCUACUUUGCACGUGUAUCAUCAUGUGUCUAAUGUCUUUUUUGAAUGGGUUUUCCUCAAGUACAUAGUGGAACCCAGAUUGACAUUUAUAAGUUUACUUAAUUGUUUUAUACAUAUUAUCAUGUACACAUAUUACUUCAUUGCAGCAUGGAGCACAGCCAUGCAACAAAAAGUAUCUUUUAUUAAACCUUAUAUUACGAAAAUACAAAUGACGCAGUUUAUUGCGAUGAUAUGCUACGGACUACAGAUUGUUCUAAGUUCAGAAUCCACAGGACUACAAAGAUCAAAACCAAUGACAUUCGUAUUUCUUUUCAACGUAAUACUAUUACUAUACUUAUUUUAUGACUUUCAUAAAAAGACAUAUGGCAAAAAACAGAAACAGAAAACUGCUAAACACGAAGAAUAAAAUUUAUUAAUCUAAUUGUGGUAAGACAGAGCGUGUCUGAACAAGUUGCUGGAUGUAUUUAAAAUAAAAUUUAUAUACCAUAAAUAUCUGUCUACAAAUUAGACACUGUAUAUAUACAGAGUAUCUGAAAACUUCCGACACAGUCAAAGUGUGAAGAUAAAUUGGGUCAAUCUAAACAGAAAAUAAUAUUUACCAUUUCGCUGCUAAAAUUUGCAAUACGUAUUGAGUUAUUAAUUAAUGAAUGUGAGUCCGUAGGAAGCAAUGGUCCGAACUCUUGUAGGCGUGUGUGAUUUUUAGUCGUAUCGGCAUGAACAUUAGCUGAUUGCAAGAAACUGUGUCACACGCCGUUCGCGCUUGCUGUUUGCUUCGCCUCUUGUUGCUAAGACAUAAUUUACAUUAUUUUUUUUACUAAUGAAAAUACAUGUCUACAGAAUUCAGAUCAUCAACUUCUUACACGCUCAUAGGCUUUCAUUCAUUAAUUAAUAAACUCAAUAAAUAUCGCGAAGUUUGACUGCAAAUUGCUAAAUGACUUUUUCUGUUCAGAUGUAACUUACUCCAACUUCAUAUUUUGUCUGUGACAAAAUUCUUUCGACACUCUGCAUAUUUGUUAAAUUUCACAUUUAAUAUAUAACCAAAUAAUUUUUAUUAUAAUUUUUAUAUUAAAUAUUCCUUUAUAUAUAACUACCUAAUCAUAUGAAAGUUUUGAAUUUCAAUAAAGUAACGAUUAAAACGAAAUUAAAAUGCUGGCUGGAAACUGCUGAAAUUAACUGAAGUUUCGAGUUUUUCUUAACGUGUAAUAUAUACGGUUAAUAUAUGACUAAAUAGGUCCCUAGUUGUGGUGAAAGAUGUGGAAAGACAGCUCGUCUUGUACAUAAUAAUGCUGAUAUUGUUCAGUUUCUUUAAAAAUUUUUUCUUUUUCUGUUUAUCUCUUAUAUUUGUUAUUUUUUCUGGGUGUUUUUUUCUUUUAGCUGCUACAUAAUUUUGUAAUUUAGCAACCUGCCUAUGUACAGGUAACUUGGUUUACCUCUAUAGGAUUUACAAUGUUGUAAAUAUGGG